GCCGCCGCGUAUGCCACAGUCGCAACCGACAUCGGCCACUGCCUCCGGAUCUGGAGGCGUGGAGAAGAACCCUAGGAGAACAGCAAAGAGCCGGAACGGCUGUCAAGUCUGUAAAAUAAAGAGACCCGACGAACCCGACAGCCAAAAGACAUUCCAUCCUUCUGUUGAGUAUCACUUCUCCUCCAUCGAUCCAGUGACCUUUGGUCAAGUGUCCAACAUUUCCACCGAAAAGACAGCUGGAGGUGCGAAUGGAUACCCAGACGUCUCUGAAGAGGCAGUCCGUUCCCCAGCAGUGACAUACAUCCCGCAAUCCCAGAAUGUUGUGGGACUAGAAGCACAGGGACCUUGUUGCACUUGGCCCCAGCAAUGGCCAAGCUAUCCGGAUACAAACCAUCAACGAACCAUGGUGUCGUAUAGUCCCGACACAUCAGCACACCAGAUCGACGAAAGUAGGGCAACCAGUGAUGGAACCACAACAACAACACCACAACGAAGCAACAGCCCGGAGGAAACGACCCAGUGGAAAUCCCUGCUUCGAGCUUACUAUCGCAUGGCUACUCCUACCAUAUCGCGAUCUCUCCAAAAUGACAGCACAGGUCUGGUGGUGCACUACUUCCGCGAUAUCUGCGUUCUGUACUCAUCAUUCGAUUCGAAGCUGAACCCGUUUCGCACCGUCAUAGGAAAGCUAUGGGAUAGUUCAAACUCGAUCUUUUACGCCAUUCAGAGCAUGGCAGCCGCACACUUGGCCAACCAUAACCCGGGAAUGGAAGUCCAAGGAUUGCAGAUGCAACGGAAAGCAUACGAAUGCUUGCAACAUGAGCUACAGCUCGCACACAUCAACCAACAAGUGGACGAUAGACUUCUGCUCACAGUACUGCUGUUGGGCAUGAGCUCGCCGUGGCACGAAGCUGGCGAUCUAGGAAUGGCGCACUUAAAUGCCGCAAGAGGACUGAUAUACCCUAGGUUGUUCCGUGAGGCGGGAACCCAAACAGAUGAGAUGGCACGAAACGACCAGUUCUUCGCAGAGGCCCUCAUUUAUUGGGAAAUGUGUGUUGCCUUUGUGCACAAAGAGCCUUUCACGCUGGGCCGCGAGAAGCCCAGUGACAAGACAGACUACAACGAGGCCCGGACGAUAGGAACGAAGGUCAUGCCGCACCCUUGGACUGGCGUAGGUCCCAGAGCACAAGUCCUCUUUGCCGAGGUCGGCAGACUCGUUCGGAACUAUCGAGCCAUAUCGUCACCACUCUCCUAUGGAGCAACCAGUGAGCAUGUCGACCCCACUAGGAUUAUCACCGCAGCCAUGGAAUUUGAGGAAGAAUUGCUUAAUAUCCGCUGGCCAGCCGUUGAAGACCUUGUUGAUGUGCAAGAUCAAUUCACAAGCAAGCUUGAUUUUAUUAUGGUCGCAGAAUCUACUCGUUGCUGCGCUCUACUCGAGAUCUACCGAGUCUUUCCCAACAUUCUACACAGCCGAUUGCUCAGGAACGUUGAUAUCACUGGCACUUCGAGUCAGUUUUUCUUCCCUUUCUGCGGAACACUUCUGUAUCAUGAUUCACAUGAUCCGACGAUGUGGUUGACAUCACUAGCAUGCCAUAUUUUGUUGGACUUGAUCGGCAGCGUUCCACCGACUUCUAAUACACGACCACUUCAGCUGCUUAUCAUACUGACAGCAGCCGCUGAGCUUCGGUUGUCUGGGCAUGCGGCAGCAUUAUCUCUGCAUGCUUUACGUGCAAGAGAUCUUGCAAUGACGAGAUUGGAAGAGCUGUCCGCACGAGUACCUUCGAAGCCUAUAGUCAUGAUCAUCAAGCUCGUCAAAGAGGUUUGGAGACGUUUUGACAUGGGCGAUGAUAGUGUCUUCUGGCUUGAUGUCAUGCACGAGAAUGGCUGGCAAACCGUCAUAGGU